AUGGCCAAUGAUGAUGUUUUGUUAGGGCACAAUGUUAGCCUCAGAGAUAUGCAGAUAUCUUCUGUUUUGAAGAUGUUAUUCUUGAAUGAAGAUACAAAGAACACUAAUCUGGAAGACACGUUUAAUGACCAAGAAUUGAUUUGGAAGGUGUUGCUCAUGGAUGUCAAGAGUACUGCUAUUAUUUCUUCGGUGCUUCGUGUCAAUGAUCUAUUAAAGGCUGGUGUUACUGUCCAUUCUUUAAUUCAUCAAGAUAGAUCCCCAUUGCCUGAUGUUCCAGCUAUCUAUUUUGUUUCCCCAACGCAAGGUAAUAUCGAUUUUAUUGUUCAAGAUUUGAAAGAUGACAAAUACUCAGAAUAUUAUAUUAAUUUUACCUCUACCCUAGACAGAGAAUUAUUAGAGAACUUGGCUCAAAAGGUUUCUGUUACAGGUAAAUCAGACAAAAUCAAGCAAGUCUUUGAUCAAUACUUAGACUUUGUUGUUACAGAACCCGAACUGUUCUCUUUAGAAAUGAGUAAUACUUAUUCUUUGUUGAAUAACCCAUCAUCUACUGAGGAGUCGAUCAACGCUAUUUGCAAUGAAGUGGCAGAAGGCUUAUUCAAUACUGUUAUCACAACACAAUCAAUUCCAAUCCUGAGAGCACCAAAGGGUGGUCCAGCAGAAACCGUUGCGGAAAAAUUGGGAAAUAAAUUACGUGAUUAUGUGAUUAAUACAAAGACAUCAAGUACAUCUGUAUUACCUGGUAAUGACUCGAUCGAAAGAUCUGUUUUGAUUAUUCUUGACAGACAGAUUGAUUUUGCAUGUAUGUUCUCCCAUUCUUGGAUCUACCAAUGUAUGGUAUUUGAUAUUUUCAAAUUAUCCAGAAACACCAUUACAAUUACGACAACAAAUGAUCAGGGUGAAGAAAGUCACAAAAGAUUUGAUAUUGAACCACAUGACUUUUUCUGGACUCAAAAUUCUCAUUUACCAUUCCCUGAAGCAGCAGAAAACGUUGAACUUGCAUUGACUGCUUAUAAGGAAGAAGCCGCUGAAAUAAGUAGGAAAACUGGUGUAACCAAUAUCAGCGACCUGGACCCGAAUUCUUCUGAGGAAACCACACAAUUUCAAGAAGUUGUCAACAAAUUACCAGAACUUACUGCAAGGAAGAACAUUAUUGACACUCAUGUUAACAUUUUCAGUUCACUUUUAGCUGAGUUGGAAAACAAGAAACUCGACACAUUUUUCGAAAUAGAGCAGGGUCCAAAUAGUAAUAAGGUACAAGAAUCAUUUAUGCAAAUCUUGGAUGAUGGUAAAACAAAUAACUUAGAGGAUAAAAUGAGAUCUUUCAUUGUGCUGUAUUUGACAGCCAAUGAUGGUUUAUCAAAGGAUUUCACAAACAAAAUCGAGGCAUACUUCAAGUCUAACGAAUAUGACAUUAGUCCCUUGAAAUAUGUCUAUAAAUUAAGGGAAUACAUGCAAUUAUCUAACAAAUCAUUACAAAACAAGUCUCUUGAAGAUGGUACAACUAACAGCAAUGUACACGCAACAUCAAAUGCUCUUUCAAGUCUGUAUAGUUUAACAGAGGGUAAAUUGCCAGGUAAAGUUGGCAGUUUAAUCUCCGGUAUCAAAAAGUUAUUGCCAGAAAAGAAGACGAUUCCUAUUACUAACGUGGUCGAGGCAAUAAUGGAUCCUUUAAAUAGUUCACAAAAGAAUUUGGAAGCUACGGAUAGUUAUAUUUACAUAGAUCCUCGUAUUACAAGGGGAGCUCACACUAAAAAACCAAAGAGACAAUCAUACAAUAAAUCAGUAGUAUUUGUUGUUGGUGGCGGUAACUAUCUAGAAUACCAGAAUUUACAAGAGUGGGCUCAUUCUCAAUUACACAAUCCAAAAAAUGUUGUGUAUGGUAGUACUGCAAUUGAGACACCAGCUGAGUUUUUGAAGGAAAUUGCAGAUCUGGGUUCUGAAAAGGCUUAG